GCCGCCUAUAAAUUCCCACCUCCUCUCUUCUCUCCCUCGCAUCCAAUCCAAUCCAAUUCCCUCCGUUCUCUUCUCACCGAGGAAUCUCAGACCGAUCGAGAUCGAAGCCAAGCUCUCUCGUCCUCCUCAAGAUGCAGAUCUUUGUGAAGACCCUCACCGGCAAGACCAUCACCCUCGAGGUCGAGUCCUCCGAUACCAUCGACAACGUUAAGGCGAAGAUCCAGGACAAGGAGGGCAUCCCCCCGGACCAGCAGCGCCUCAUCUUUGCUGGCAAGCAGCUCGAGGACGGCCGCACCCUCGCUGACUACAACAUCCAGAAGGAGUCCACCCUUCACCUGGUGCUCCGCCUUCGAGGUGGCAUGCAGAUCUUCGUCAAGACCCUCACUGGCAAGACCAUCACACUGGAGGUCGAGUCCUCUGACACGAUCGAUAAUGUGAAGGCCAAGAUCCAGGACAAGGAGGGCAUCCCCCCGGACCAGCAGCGCCUCAUCUUCGCCGGCAAGCAGCUUGAGGACGGCCGCACCCUCGCUGACUACAACAUCCAGAAGGAGUCCACCCUCCACCUGGUGCUCCGCCUUCGUGGUGGCAUGCAGAUCUUCGUGAAGACCCUCACUGGCAAGACCAUCACCCUUGAGGUCGAGUCAUCUGACACCAUCGACAAUGUUAAGGCAAAGAUCCAGGACAAGGAGGGUAUUCCCCCGGACCAGCAGCGCCUCAUCUUCGCCGGCAAGCAGCUUGAGGACGGCCGCACCCUCGCUGACUACAACAUCCAGAAGGAGUCCACCCUCCACCUGGUGCUCCGCCUCCGUGGUGGCAUGCAGAUCUUCGUCAAGACCCUCACUGGCAAGACUAUCACCUUGGAGGUUGAGUCCUCUGACACCAUCGAUAAUGUGAAGGCCAAGAUCCAGGACAAGGAGGGCAUCCCCCCGGACCAGCAGCGCCUCAUCUUUGCCGGCAAGCAGCUCGAGGAUGGCCGCACCCUCGCUGACUACAACAUCCAGAAGGAAUCCACCCUCCACCUGGUUCUCCGCCUCCGUGGUGGCAUGCAGAUCUUCGUCAAGACCCUCACUGGCAAGACCAUCACCCUGGAGGUUGAGUCCUCUGACACCAUUGACAACGUCAAGGCGAAGAUCCAGGACAAGGAGGGUAUUCCCCCGGACCAGCAGCGUCUUAUCUUUGCUGGAAAGCAGCUUGAGGAUGGCCGCACCCUUGCGGAUUAUAACAUCCAGAAGGAGUCCACCCUUCACCUUGUCCUCCGCCUCCGUGGUGGGAUGCAGAUCUUCGUCAAGACCCUCACUGGUAAGACCAUCACCCUGGAGGUUGAGUCUUCUGACACCAUCGACAAUGUGAAGGCAAAGAUCCAGGACAAGGAGGGCAUCCCCCCGGACCAGCAGCGUCUCAUCUUCGCCGGUAAGCAGCUUGAGGAUGGCCGCACCCUGGCGGACUAUAACAUACAGAAGGAGUCCACCCUCCACUUGGUGCUCCGCCUCCGUGGUGGCCAGUAGGUGCCUAGCAAUGGCGCUGCUUAUUUCUGUGGGUUCA